GGGGGAGUGACACCGUGCCCCCAGAACCUGGCUCUCUGCUGCCCCAGAGAUGCUGCUGCUGCUGCUGCUGCUGCCCCUGCUCUGGGAGGGGUCCUCAUCCCAGACACUGGAUGUGCAGGCCCGGGUGAGUGUGCAGGAGGGGUUGUGUGCCCGAGUCCCCUGCACCUUCUCCUACCCCUCACGCUUUAACAGCGACCCAGUUUAUGGCUAUUGGUUCAGAGUAAGGACUAAUGUUUACCAUGAUACUCUCGUGGCCACAAAUCAUCCAUCUCAGAUUCUGAAGGAGCAAGUCCGGGGGAGAUUCCAUCUCCUUGGGGAUCCCAGGAUGAACAAUUGCUCUCUGAGCAUCACAGAUGCCCAGUUCUCAGACAGUGGCAGAUACUACUUCCGGGUUGAAAAUGGAAAGGAAAAAUACAGUUACACAUGGAAGCCACUUUCUGUGACUGUGACAGACUUGAUCCAGAAGCCAGACAUGGAUGUUCCAGCGGUGCUAGAGUCAGGGAAAUCAGUGACUCUGAAGUGCGCAUUUCCCUCGUCCUGUGGGGGAAGUAGCACCUUCAAGUUCUCCUGGAAGGGGGCUGCCCUCUCCUCCCAGCCAGGAACCUCUGGGACCUCCUACUCUUCAGAGGUUUCCUUCAUCCCUGGACACCAGCAUCAUGGCACCAGCCUCACCUGUCAGGUGACCUUGCCUGGAGGCCAUUUGAGCCCAGAGAGAACCAUCCAGCUCAAUGUGUCCUAUGCUGUGCAGAGUGUGACCAUCACCAUCUCCCAGGACAACAGGACAACAGUUUUGGUCCUAGAAAAGAGCUCACCUCUUGUGGUGCAGGAGGGAGGAUCCCUUCACCUGCUCUGUGCUGCCCACAGCAAUCCCCCAGCUACACUGAGCUGGAUGCUGGGGGACCAGACCCUGGCCUCUUCCCAGCCCUCAGAGGAUGGAGUCCUGCCCCUGGAUCUGCCCCACCUGAGACAGGGAGAUGGAGGGAAAUACACCUGCCAUGCCCAGCAUCCUCUGGGCUCCAAGCAGGUCUCCCUGAGCCUCUCUGUGCAGCAUGAGUACGACUGGGCUGGAUACCAUGGGUUUUUGGGGUCCUGCUGGGGAAAGGAGAAUGGCUGCUCAUCCACCGUGGGUGUCCCCCUGAUUUACCCAAUGUUACUCUUCUCUGCCCAGGACAACAGCUCCUGGCCACUGAUGUUCACCCUGCUGAAGGGAAUGCUCAUGGGGGUCGGCUUCCUCCUCACCUAUGGCCUGACCUGGCUCUAUUACACCCGCCCUGCUUCUGGCCUUGGACCCAGCCAAGACCUGCCUCCUGCACCUGCCACUCAGGGGCCCCAGUUGUGCCCUCAGGGACCAAGCAAGGCCAGCCUGACCCACCAGCUUCAGGCCCACCCUCCAAACCUGGCUCUCUGCUGCCCCAGAGAUGCUGCUGCUGCUGCUGCUGCCCCUGCUCUGGGAGGCGUCCAGACACUGGAUGUGCAGGCCCGGGUGAGUGUGCAGGAGGGGCUGUGUGCCCGAGUCCCCUGCACCUUCUACUACCCCUCACGCUUUAACAGCAAGCCAGUUUAUGGCUAUUGGUUCAGAGAAGGGACUCGUAUUUUCUAUGGAAGACCUAUGGCCACAAAUCACCCAUCUUGGAUUGUGAAUAAGUACGCCCAGGGGAGAUUCCAUCUCCUUGGGGAUCCCAGAAUGAACAACUGCUCUCUGAGCAUCACAGAUGCCCAGUUCUCAGACAGUGGCAGAUACUACUUCCGUGUUGAAAAUGGACAUGAAAAAUACAGUUACACAGGGAAGCCACUUUCUGUGACUGUGACAGGCUUGAUCCAGAAGCCAGACAUCAGUGUUCCAGAGGUGCUAGAAUCAGGGAAAUCAGUGACUCUGAAGUGCACAUUUCCCUCAGCCUGUGAGGCAAAUAGGGCCUUCAAGUUCUCCUGGAGGGGGGCUGCCCUCUCCUCCCAGCCAGGAAGCUCUGGGGCCUCCCACUCCUCAGAGGUCUCCUUCAUCCCUGGGCACCAGCAUCAUGGCACCAGCCUCACCUGUCAGGUGACCUUGCCUGGAGGCCGUUUGAGCACAGAGAGAACCAUCCAGCUCAAUGUGUCCUUUUGGGUCCCAGGAAAGAUCUCACCUCUUGUGGUGCAGGAGGGAGGGUCCCUUCACCUGCUCUGUGCUGCCCACAGCAAUCCCCCAGCUACACUGAGCUGGAUGCUGGGGGACCAGACCCUGGCCUCUUCCCAGCCCUCAGAGGAUGGAGUCCUGCCCCUGGAUCUGCCCCACCUGAGACAGGGAGAUGGAGGGAAAUACACCUGCCAUGCCCAGCAUCCUCUGGGCUCCAAGCAGGUCUCCCUGAGCCUCUCUGUGCAGCGUGACCCAAGGAUGCUCAGGCCUUCCUAUGCCUGGUUCAAGGGGGGCUUAUUCUGUACCUUUACUGUCCAAGCAGAGCCAGCCCUCCUCCCCUGGUGGGUAGGGGGGAAGUUUGUGGAGGGCAAUAGUUGCAGUGACAACUUUUGGGAGCUUCCCACCUCAUCUGGGCCCUGGGUGAACAGCAGCCUGAGUGGGAAGGUGAAGCCCAGCUACAACCUCAGUCCCUACUGUGAGGUGAGGACCCACUAUGGAAAGGAGCCAGGAUCUGGCUGA